ACUCCAAGAAAACAAAGGAGAGAGAGAACGACUUUCACAAGGGCACAGCUUGAUAUUUUGGAAGCCUUAUUUGCUAAAACCCGUUACCCCGACAUAUUCAUGAGGGAGGAGGUGGCCUUAAAGAUAAAUCUGCCAGAGUCAAGAGUACAGGUUUGGUUUAAGAACAGACGGGCCAAAUGUCGCCAACAGCAGCAACAAAGCAGUGGACAGGCCAAACCCCGUCCAGCCAAGAAGAAAACUUCCCCAGCAAGAGAGACUAACUCAGAAGCUAGCACCAAUGGCCAAUAUAGUCCUCCUCCACCUGGCACAGCAGUGACUCCCAGCUCCACAGCUAGUGCCACAGUCUCUAUCUGGAGUCCAGCCUCCAUAUCGCCAAUUCCAGAUCCAUUAUCUGCAGCCACCACUCCUUGUAUGCAAAGAUCAGCUGGAUAUCCCAUGACAUACAGUCAAGCCCCAGCCUACACUCAGAGCUAUGGUGGAUCCUCAUCUUAUUUCACAGGCCUGGACUGCAGCUCCUACUUAUCUCCCAUGCACCCACAGCUCUCAGCUCCAGGUGCCACGCUGAGUCCUAUUGCCACUCCCACCAUGGGUAGUCAUCUCAGCCAGUCUCCGGCAUCUCUCUCUGCCCAGGGAUAUGGAACUUCCAGCCUUGGCUUUACAUCGGUGGAUUGCUUAGACUACAAAGACCAAACUUCCUCUUGGAAGCUAAAUUUCAAUGCCACUGACUGUCUUGAUUAUAAGGACCAAAGUUCAUGGAAAUUCCAGGUCUUGUGA